AUGUCAUUAGGUGUUAAAUGUGAUCAUUUAAUUUACAAGGAUGAUAGUAAGGAUUCAGACGAUGCUAAGUCUGUUAAUAACAGGGAUAAAAAUGAGAAUAAUAAUGAAUAUGAGAUUGCAGAUUAUAGUGCGGUCGAAGAUUCGGGCGAAGAUAUAGGCGAAGAUACAGGCGAAGGUUCAGACGAAAAUACUAACAAGGAAAAUGAUUUUAAUAAUUGGCCAGAAUGCUUUGUUGUCAUUUAA